CAACCUCACCACGUUCGCCAGCCGCCGCUUCCCCGGAGAAAGCGAGAGAGAGAGCGCGCGCGCACCCGCACCCGCACCGGCGCACGUGAUGGCGAUGGUCCUGCGGCGCCUCGGGGGCGCGUCCUCCGGUGGCUCUCCGUCGCCGGCGGCGGCCGCGGCCGCGCUGCUGCUCCGCCCGGCGCUGACUCGCCCGAUCUCCACGGGCUUCCGCGAGGAGCGCGACACCUUCGGCCCCAUCCGGGUCCCCGACGACAAGCUGUGGGGCGCGCAGACGCAGAGAUCGCUGCAGAACUUCGACAUCGGCGGUGAGCGCGAGCGGAUGCCGGUGCCCAUCAUCCGCGCCUUUGGUGUGCUCAAAAAGUGCGCCGCUAAGGUGAAUAUGGAAUAUGGCCUUGAUCCGAAAAUUGGGAAGGCAAUUAUUCAGGCAGCUCAGGAGGUUGCUGAAGGACAGCUGGACGACCACUUUCCACUUGUUAUCUGGCAAACUGGAAGUGGCACACAAAGCAACAUGAAUGCCAAUGAGGUGAUUGCAAAUAGGGCAGCUGAGAUCCUUGGACAUAAGCGUGGUGAGAAGAUUGUACACCCUAAUGAUCAUGUCAACAGAUCACAGUCCUCAAAUGACACAUUUCCAACUGUCAUGCACAUAGCAGCAGCCACAGAGAUCAAUUCAAAGUUUGUCCCAAGCUUGCAACAGUUGCAUAAGUCACUUUAUUCAAAGUCUGUUGAAUUUCAAGACAUAAUUAAAAUUGGGCGUACUCAUACACAAGAUGCCACCCCAUUAACUCUUGGCCAAGAGUUCAGUGGUUACGCUACACAGGUGAAAUAUGGAAUUGAUAGAAUUGUUUGUACGUUGCCACGGAUGUAUCAGCUUGCUCAAGGUGGAACUGCUGUUGGAACAGGCUUGAACACUAAGAAAGGAUUUGAUGUCAAAAUAGCUGCUGCAGUGGCUGAGGAAACAGAACUACCUUUUGUGACAGCUGAGAACAAGUUUGAAGCGUUGGCAGCACAUGAUGCUUUUGUUGAGAGCAGUGGUGCUGUGAACACAAUUUCUGCAUCUCUUAUGAAGAUAGCAAAUGACAUACGCUUGUUGGGAAGUGGCCCUCGAUGUGGCCUUGGUGAGCUUAUCCUACCAGAAAACGAGCCUGGGAGCAGCAUUAUGCCUGGGAAAGUUAACCCUACCCAGUGUGAGGCUUUAACUAUGGUUUGUGCUCAGGUUAUGGGUAAUCAUGUUGGUGUUACAAUAGGUGGUUCAAAUGGGCAUUUUGAGCUGAAUGUCUUUAAGCCAAUGAUUGCAGCUGGAUUACUUCGAUCACUGAGAUUGCUAGGGGAUGCUUCUGUGUCCUUUGAGAAAAACUGUGUUAGUGGAAUUCAAGCAAAUCAUAAGAGAAUUUCACAAUUGUUGCAUGAGUCUUUGAUGCUGGUGACAUCUUUGAACCCUAAAAUUGGCUACGACAAUGCUGCUGCUGUUGCUAAGAAAGCGCACAAAGAAGGGACCACAUUGAAGGAAGCUGCUCUAAGCCUCGGAGUCUUGACCGAAACAGAAUUCCAUGAACUUGUUGUUCCGGAGAAAAUGAUUGGUCCUUCUGACUGAUAGCAGCUCUAUUGAAGAGUUCAUGUGCUUAGUAUUUCCUAAUUUUAGCUCAUCCGUAAAUAAAGGCCAGAUAUUACAUCUUCAGUUCCCUAUUGGAGAGUCAUUUUUUGCACUGCAAACGGUGCCGGAGAGACCAAAAUUCCAUUCCUGUUAUUGAAAUGGUAAACAGUGUAUUUUGGUUUAUUGAAGCAGGUGCUUUUCAUUUCUAGUGCUACAGUACGCCACCUUUUUGCCAAAAUGGUGAAUCUGCAUAUAAUAAGUUCUGUAGCAACCAUGUUCAUGGUAGUGUCACAUUUGACUUCAGAACAAAUGAUGAUUGGAUACUGGAGUUUUGGACUAUA